AUGCCGGAACGGAGAGUAUUCAUUAUCCGUCACGGUGAAAGAUGCGAUUUUGCUUUUGGAAAAUCUGGGCUUUGGAUUAACUCUUUUGAUAGUCGUGGAAGAUACCGCCCACUUGAUAUUAAUCUUCCAAGAACUCUUCCAAAAAGACCUGACGGGUGGCAAGGAUUCCAUGCGGAUACACCUUUAACUGAAAUUGGUUAUCUCCAGUCAAAACUAACCGGACGUGCUCUACGAGACAAUGGAAUCGAAAUCAAUCACGUGUUCUGCUCUCCAGCCCUGAGAUGCAUUCAAACGACAAUUGGUCUUUUGAAAGGAAUGGGCCUUGACAAGCGGCUUCAGUUUUCAGUAGAGCCCGGACUAUAUGAAUGGAUGGCUUGGGCAAAGUAUGCAAAACCGUGUUGGAUUCCACCGAAAGAUUUGAAGAAACUGGGAUAUCCAGUUCAAGAAAACUAUGUUCCAUGCUAUACAGACAAGGAAUUGCGUAUGAGUGAGACAAUGGUGGAUUAUUAUCAACGAUCGUUCAGUUCCAUGAACAAACUGCUUGCGGAAUACCCUGAAGGAAACAUUCUAAUUGUGGCUCAUGGUGCUUCCCUCGAAACGUGUACUCGACAGUUGGUUGGUGGUGAUAUUAGAUCAACUGAUGAUUUCUACUACUUACUCCAAAACACACCAUACUUGUCGUGUGUUGAGUUGAGUUCUCGGGAAGGAUUAUGGAGACUAGUGGGUAGUCCAAUUCCGUCGUUUUCGCAUACUUACAAUCGUACUUUUGAUCCAUUGCAACUGGUCACAAAGGACUUGGCCUCUUUGAAGAGAGAAAGAGAAGGGAAGGACAAUAUGAGAAUUACGCAAUGA